UGGCAAGGGCGAGCGAGCGCACGGGGCACGGGUCCGGACGCUCCAGGACGCUCCGGGAGCGUCAUGAAAAGAGCGUCGCCAGUUGGUGACAGAGUUGGUGGGAGGGAGGGAUGCUUCGAAGCCCAGCAGCCCGCGGUCUAUAAAUUCGCGGAGCCCCGGCGUGAGGUGCGCAGAUGCAAUUGCGAGCGGAGAGUGGCGGAUUGCGGACUGAGGACUGAGGAUUGAUCGAUGGAGAAAGUUGCGGGAUUUCCGCGAGCGAUGCACGAUACGAUGACGAUCAAACUCGGCGUCACUUGCUUCUUGGGAUGUCUAUUGAUUUUAGUGGCGACAGUUUCAGCUGAGGAUGCCUUGAUUGCGGACAUGACCUGUCGGGCCGAGUCCUUCGAGAAGCCUAUCUGGGAGGGUGAAUUUUUCCCCAACAUAAGCUCCAUCAAAUAUGAGGGUCCUUCAAGCCGUAAUCCUCUCGCUUACAGGUGGUACAAUGCUGAAGAGGUCAUUCUGGGCAAGAAGAUGAAGGACUGGUUAAGGUUCAGCGUGGCCUUCUGGCAUUCAUUCAGAGGCGAUGGAGGUGAUCCAUUCGGAUCUCCAACGAGGGUUUGGCCCUGGGAGGACGGCUCUGAUUCUCUGGAGAUGGCUAAGAUUCGAAUGCGAGCCAACUUCGAAUUCAUCGAGAAACUUGGAGUCGAAUACUGGUGCUUCCACGAUAGGGAUAUAGCUCCUGAAGGAGCUUCUUUGCAGGAAAGCAACCAAAAUCUCGAUGCGAUUAUAGCUUUGGCCAAAAAGCUUCAGGAAGGGACAAACAUACGGCCAUUAUGGGGCACUGCACAGUUGUUUAAGCAUCCUCGCUACAUGCACGGAGCUGCCACGAGUCCAGAUGUUAAAGUCUACGCUUACGCAGCUGCACAAGUGAAAAAAGCAAUGGAGGUGACUCAUGAACUUGGAGGAGAAAAUUAUGUUUUCUGGGGUGGAAGAGAGGGCUACCAAAGCCUUCUCAACACAGACCUGAAGAAAGAGCUUGACCAUAUGGGAACCUUUUUCAAAGCAGCUGCAGCUUAUAAGAAGAAGAUCGGCUUUCAAGGGACCCUUUUACUUGAACCCAAGCCACAAGAACCUACGAAGCAUCAAUAUGACUGGGACGCUGCAACAUCCAUCAGUUUCUUACAGAAAUACGACCUUCUUGGUGAAUACAAGUUGAAUAUUGAGUGUAACCACGCAACCCUUGCUGGACACAGCUGUUUCCACGAGCUAGAAGUGGCAAGGAUCAAUGGAGUCUUGGGUAACAUCGAUGCCAACACAGGGGAUUCGCAGACAGGCUGGGACACUGAUCAGUUCCUCACUAACGUUGAGGAGACAACGCUUGUCAUGCUCACCGUCAUCAAAAAUGGAGGACUUGCACCCGGGGGCUUCAACUUUGAUGCUAAAUUGAGGAGAGAAAGUAUAGAUGUGGAGGACUUGUUCAUUGCUCACAUCCUUGGCAUGGAUUCUCUGGCCCGAGGAUUGAUCAACGCAGCGAAGCUUUAUACGGACGGCACUUUAAGCGACUUGGUGAGCAAUCGAUAUGCAAGUUUUGACUCCACUGUGGGAGCGGAUAUCGAGUCUGGAAUGGUGGACUUUGACACAUUGGAAAAGUACGCAUUCGGCUGGGGUGAGCCAACAAUCACUUCAGGAAAGCAGGAACUUGCCGAAAUGAUUUUGCAUUCGUAUACCUGAAUUAUUCUCCGUUCAGCCUCGGAAAACGAUGCCGGAAUUUUGAGUCGGAUCGAAAUGCCGGCCUGGUGGUGUAGCUCUUGUACAGCACUAGCAUCUUCUCCAUAGAACUUAUACAGUUGCGGUUUUAUUUCUACCUUCAUGUAGAAAAGCUUGCCUUGCAGAUAGACCUCGAAUGAACAGUAACUCUCUGCAGACUCAAGAAUGAUGUUGACAAAAGCUGUUUUUAUUAAUGUAUAUACCCUUCAGGGCAUCGGGUACUUUCCGUCUUCAUUUCCUACUAUGAGUUUCCUCUUGUGGGAAAACCUAGAACCUUGUAAGGAUUUCUGUUUGAACUGAAAAGUUCACACAUCUACACUACAAUAAUACAUGUAUCCUGCCUCUAUGUAUGCUACAUAUUAAGA